AUGGAGGAUCUCACCCCCGAGAAGAAAGCCCAGCUCCACGAGGUGAGGGACCUCAUGCUGGAAAUCUACCAGACCCUCGUGCGCAUGCGCUACCUCAAGCCCGGCUGGAUCCAGGAAGGCCCGCACGACCUGGACUCCCACAAGAGAUUCCACGAGUCUCUCGACCUGGACCCUUCCAUCCAGUACCUGUACCGCAUCCUGCCCUACGUCCACAACCGCCACUUGGCCUUCUUCCAGGGCAGCGUCUUUGCCGACUUUCGAGACAAGGACACGACCAUAACUUGCACGAGCGCGUACUCCUCCACCGGCAACGUCCUGUCCAGCGCCAACGAUGGGACCGGUGACGGGAGCGCCGCGCAGGUCCAAGAUGGCCAGGGUACACCUACGCGGGAUGCCUCUCCGUCAUCACCAGAACCACGGGCUGCAGCAGCCGGGCAUCAUGAUGCGGACGACGGCCACUCCUCGCAUAGCGAAGGAGAUGGCACAGACCAAAGCGACCAGGAAAUGGAGGACACGGAAGCCGAGUCCGUCGACGACGACGACGAGGAAGACGAGGAAGGCGACGAGGACAUGGACGGCGAGGACGAAGACUGGAGCUCCGCUGACGAAGACGACGAAGAAAUCAACGGCGAAGCCUACAACCUCGGCAACGGCCGCCCCGCCCCCGACGUCCUCCGCGACAUCAUCCUCUGGUUCAAGAGCCUCGACGAGUUCCCGAGCGGCGAGCACGCCGGCCCCGGCUGGGAGCUCGAAGACGUCGCCCCGCUCUACCGCAAGCACGGCUGGCCCGGCGACGACUUCGACGGCGACGCCUUCGAGAUCGACCACGCCCGCCUCGACGCCACCUCCCGCAUCCUGUCGCACGCCGGCCACGUCCCCGAGCGGAUCCAGGCCCUCCAGGGCUCCUUCAUCCCCUACCAGAAACAAGGGCUCGAGACCGUGCGCGCCCGCCUCGCUACCGCCUCGACCCCCGAGGAAGAGUGGGCCGCCCGCUGGGAACUCUUUCGCGACGAGCGCCGCCUCCAGCACAUGCAAGCUGAGCUCGCCGACCUCGAGGCCACGACCGCGCGGCUCAACCUCAACGAGCAGCUCUUACCCCCGCACGAGGCCCGGGGUAAGCUGGCCCAGUUUCGCGGGGAGCUGGAGAAGUCCGACUCCCAGUAUAGCCGGGCGUACUGCGAAGACAUGAUUGCCGAGAGCGAGGAGGCGAUCCGCCUCCACGAAGGCGCCAUCGCCCUGGCCGAGGCUGAUGCGAAGCGCCUCGCGCCUUCCGGGGCCGGCGACGCCGUCACGUCCGAGAAUGGCCUAGGCGUUAUUAAAAGCCUCGGGCCGACGGAUUGGCGCGCGGACCUCGAGGGCAAGCUCAGAGAGGAGAGGGCUACUCAUGAAGCGUACGCGGCUUGGCUGGCCGAUAUGCCUGAUGAGGUGCCCCAGGCCAAGGCCAAGGUGGAGAGCCAGGUUCGACUGAGCGAAAGCGUGAUUGAGUCCUAUCUUGAACGCCUGGCGAAUAUGCCCUAG